GGUUUCAGAUGCAUUACUAAGAGUGAAAGCGUAAGCAUCAGGACUCGAAUGUAUUUGUUGUGUCUACCAAAGCUACUGAAUCGCACGUAUAUUUAUAUUUCACUGUGUUGACCGCAAGGCCAAGAAAGUGUAACACGUUACUUUAAUACCUUUAAGAAAUCUACUGGACCAAAAUAAUAACGACAUGUUUAAGUUGAUUGGAUUUAGUAUAUUUUUCACAAUUAGUUUAUCUUGUGCCGCUGAAUUUGAAGAUGCAUUCAAGAAUUGUUACUCAGACGUCAGUGGAUUUGACUCUUGUGUUAGAGAAGGACUUAAUUCUAUAAGACCAUAUUUCAAAACAGGCUUGUCGAAAUAUAAUGUCAAGCCGUUUGAUCCGUUUUUUGCUGAAGAAGUAACGGUGACGAGAGGUUUGCCUAGAAUUGGAUUUGUUUUGACAUUGAGAAAUGUUACGGAAAGUGGAUGGACAGCAAGCAAAGUUACCAAGUUUGUCAGCGACUUAUCUAAUUAUAAAAUAGUUUAUACUCAAAGUUUUCCAGCAAAAUUUCUUAAUGGACAUUAUGAGUUCACUGGAAAUUUAUUGGGACCUCAAAUAAAAAAUAAAGGAAAAUUUACGCUUGAUUUAUAUGAUUUGAUUCAAACAACAACUAUCACAAAAAAACCAGGAGAAAAAUUAAAAGUCCGUGUUGAAGUUGAGACAAUAAGAGAUUUAAAAUUGCACAUUUCAAAUCUUCUACGAGGACGUCAGGUAUUAGAAAAUUUUAUGGAUACUGUUAUCAACGGGGCUUGGCAACCUGGUUUCAUUGUCACCAGAAGUGUUAUCAAUGACCUGGUAUCUACUGCAUUUACUGAAAUAUUUGGUGAAGCUUUCCAAAAGUUUCCAUUUGAGAAAAUAAUCAAGAAAAAAUCUGUAUAAUAAUAACUUUAAGCUUAAAAAAAUCUAAACGCCAUUUGUGAUACAUUACAAUAAAAUAAAUUAAUCAAACUAACAGUUUAGAGAUGAAUAAUUCUUCACAAUUAUUUCUUCACGGCCUCAAAUCAGAAUAAUUAAAAAAUUCUUGCAAGCAAGUACAAAUAAUGUAACCUAGAUAGUUGUAAUUAAAAAUUUGUAUUGCAAACUAAUUAAGCUGUGUACAUAUUAAUGUUCGCGUUCUCCGUAA